UUGGAUUAAAGAAGUAGCAAAUUUGGAAACUGAACAAAAAUCUCUUCUGGGAAACAGUCUGCUGGCAUCAGCAUUCUUAUGCUAUUUAGGUCCAUUUACAUCAGAAUUUCGUGAACGUCUAAUCUAUAAAGAUUGGCUGGUAUCUUUAAUUCAAGAUGGA